GUAGACGCGGGGUUUUCUCUGGUCAGGUCCAGCUAACCCGGCUCCGGUGUGCCUCUGGUACCGUUGUCCCUUGGGGAGAAGGGUUGUCGUUACCCGCUCGCGGGCGGACCCAGUUAGCGGGACUUGGUGCUCUCACCGGUUGCCUCCCACCCAGCUUGUCCUCGGGGCCUAUCCGUCUCCGGAGACUCCCGGUUGAUGCGAGGGCCCCUGGUAUCGGUCCGCGAAAGCUAGGGGCCCAUCCUCGCUAGGAGUUCGGAUGGGAGGUGGCUGGAGGAGCUACCUGGGAUGUUCUGUCUGAUGGCCAAUUGCUGCAGUUGGUUCAAGCGGUGGCGGGAGCCUGUCAGAAAGGUGACUCUUGUGAUGGUGGGACUUGAUAAUGCUGGCAAAACAGCAACAGCAAAAGGAAUCCAAGGAGAACACCCUGAAGAUGUAGCUCCUACUGUUGGAUUUUCUAAAAUUGACCUUAGACAAGGAAAGUUUGAAGUCACCAUCUUUGACUUGGGAGGUGGCAAAAGAAUUCGGGGAAUUUGGAAGAAUUACUAUGCUGAAUCCUAUGGGGUAAUAUUCGUUGUGGAUUCCAGUGAUGAAGAGAGAAUGGAAGAGACAAAAGAGACAAUGUCAGAAGUGUUAAGACAUCCUAGGAUAUCUGGAAAGCCUGUAUUGGUGUUGGCAAAUAAACAAGACAAGGAAGGGGCUUUAGGAGAAGCUGAUGUGAUUGAAUGUCUCUCUCUGGAAAAACUGGUCAAUGAGCACAAAUGCCUUUGUCAGAUAGAACCUUGUUCAGCAGUCUUGGGAUAUGGAAAGAAAAUUGACAAGUCCAUUAAAAAAGGCCUUUAUUGGCUACUACAUAACAUUGCAAGAGACUUUGAUACCUUAAAUGAACGCAUCCAAAAAGACACAACAGAACAACGAGCUCUUGAGGAACAAGAGAAACGAGAAAGGGCUGAGCGAGUGCGAAAAUUACGAGAAGAAAGAGAACAAAGAGAACGAGAGCAAUCUGAUGGAACCAGUGGUCUGGCUGAGUUGGAACCAGAACCAGUUACUGUUAACCCUUUCCAGCCAAUAGCAUCUGUAAUUAUUGAGAAUGAAAAAAAACUUGAAAAAGAGAAAAAGAAGCAAACGAUGGAGAAAGAGAGUGAUGGUUGCCCCUUGAAACAUAAAAUGGAGCAUGAGCAAAUACAAACAGAAAACCAGACUGGUGAAAGUAGCCAAAAACACAGUGAACUUGAAAUAGUAGAAAAUUAUAAGGAGGCAUUAACACAGCAAUUGGAGAAUGAAGAUGAGACAGAUCAUCGAUCAUCAGAAUCAGAUAACAGUAAAAAGAAAACUAAGAAACUGAGAAUGAAAAGGAGUCACCGGGUAGAACCAGUUAAUACCGAUGACUCUGCUCCUAAGAGUCCAACACCACCUCCCCCUCCCCCUCCUGUUGGCUGGGGAACCCCCAAAGUCACUAGACUUCCAAAACUUGAGCCUCUUGGUGAAACACGUCAUAAUGAUUUCUAUGGGAAGCCGCUGCCUCCGUUAACUGUGCGACAGAGACCUAACGGUGAUGCUCAUGAUGUGAUCUCAUAACCAUGUCAUAUGGAUUGGUACUCUUACUCUCAGCAAAGUGAAAUGGACCUCUUCUCAGAAGAAAAAAAAAACCCUUUGAGCAUUGAUGACUGGGGCAAUAAAAUCAUAAUGAUUUUAGUGAGGAGAUUAAUAGCCCAAGGACCUGAUCUGAUAAUUAACUUCUCCAUAUUCUUCAUGCAAAAUGACCAGUGGAUGGGAUGAACAACAUUUGGAGCAUGUUAACAAGAUUUGGUGUUGACUCCUUGGGUUUUAUAUCCUCACUCAUGGGCAAAUUCCUGAAGGAAAACUUCUUCAGAAAUAGAGCCAAUGGACUCUACAUACUUUAUUAUUUGUUUAAUAGUCCGUAUUUCUAUAUAUUAAACAUUUUUGUAAGAUACAUGGGCAUGGAAGGGAAACUCCUGGGAAUUUAUAAACUAAAUUUUUAACUUUUUGUAUUUUUCUAAAAUUUUUGUUUAAUUACUAUUAUCUUGAUUGUGCACUUUUCUACAGAUUUUUAAAAUUUGUUUGUGGAAGAUAAAAGUUAAAUUACUUGACAGACAUGAACUAUACAAACAAUAUAUUUAUAUGACUUAAAUUUUUAUAAUAGCAUUUUUCUAGCCUAUAAAUCCUAAUUUGACUUUAUUUUAAAAUAAUACCUACCUUUUUAAAAAGCAGAUAUCAAAUCUUUAUUCUACCAAAUUAUGUGAUUUGAAAGCAUUAUUCAACGAAAGU